GGUACCCGGACUCCACCAUGGCGGCAAUCCGAAGCGCGGCCAUCUCCGCCGCUGCACUCGUUGCUCUGCGCGGCUUCUCCGUGCGCCGUCUUGCGCCCUGCCUCGCGGCGUCUCCACGAGCCGCCACUUCCGCCGCCGGGAAGAUGCUCCCGCGCUCUGCCAUGCAAGCCAGCGCCUUCACUACCGUGGUGCCCGACUCCGACGAGGCUGUUGACGAACCUUCGGUGGAAGCGGACACGGAGACGGAGCUGAGCAAACUGGCCUGCCCAAUCUGCUACUACCCGCUCGUAAGCUCGAUCGAUCACCACUCCGCGCCGACCAAAUCCGAUUCUAGCCUUGAAUGUUCUACUUGCAAGAAAGUGUACCCCAGUAAGGAUGAUUACUGGGAUCUAGCUGUGGCGGUUGGUUCUAAUGAGUACUCCGAGUCCAUGCCGGCAGCAACUGAACUUUUCAGGACUCCGUUGGUAUCAUUUCUUUAUGAGAGAGGAUGGCGCCAAAAUUUUAUAUGGGGUGGUUUCCCAGGCCUAGAGAGAGAGUUUGACAUGGCAAAAACUUAUUUGAAGCCAACAACUGGAGGUGUUAUAGUUGAUGCAAGUUGUGGAAGUGGCUUAUUUUCAAGAUUGUUUAUCAAGAGUGGACUAUAUUCUCUUGUCGUGGCACUGAAUUUCUCAGAGAGUAUGUUGAAGCAGUGCAAUGAAUUCAUCAAGCAGGAAAACAUUUCUGAUGAGAGAUUAGCCUUCGUCAGAGCUGAUAUAUCCAGGCUCCCUCUCGUUGCUGAAAUUAGCCGAGUCCUUCGCCCUGGGGGUAUUUUCGUGGCUUCUACUUUCAUAGCAGACGUUCUGCCACCAGCCGUUCCAGUAUUGUGGAUUGGACGCCCGUAUAUUGGUCAAAUCACUGGUAGCAAUAUCUUCUUAUCAGAAGCGGAGCUUGAAGAUCUUUGCACAGCAUAUGGGCUGAUUGAUUUCACAUUUGUCAGAAAUGGAUUCUAUAUAAUGUUCUCUGCAACUAAAGCAAGCUAGUCAAAUAAGUGCAGAGUCUUGUAAAAGUUUACCCUGUAGUGUAUGUUGUGAAUACACUGUUCCAUUAUUUAUCUGAAAAAAUGUAGUUCAGUAUAUCUCCCUCCUAUCAUUCAAAAACCACUGUGGUGCUA